AUUAUAGGUUUCUAACACCUGUGUAUCUGAGAAGAGAAGAAGAAAAGCAGAGGCUCUCCUUUAGAUUAAUUAUAAAUAUUUCUCUCUCAUGUUAUAGUUGUUCAGAUCAAAUAUCUUUUUUAGGUUUUUCUUUUCUUCUUUUUACGUUUUGAUAAUUAAUGUUUAUACCCUAACACUUGUAGUACUAGGUGAUUCAUGAGUGUAGGAAGGUUUUUCAGCGAGAUCAAGUUCCACGCUUUUCAAAUCUUGGUUAAAUUUUCUGUAUAGUUUUGUUUCCCUUCAUUCUCACGUAGUUAGCUUCAAAAAUUUUUCAGGAUCGUGAAAUUUCAGGCUCUUGAUCGUGUUAUUUGAGAUCAUCGCCUGUUUUCCUUUUUAAAAAAAUUUCAUUUUUGUGUAUGUCCACUUGUAGUUUGUAUUUUGCAGUUGAAAGUUUCAUUCCUCAAAAUCUCUGGUUUUCAAGUUCUUAAUCUGUGAUCGGCAUCAGAUCUUAACUUCCAAAGUUUCCAAUCGAAUAUGGAGACCGUUGCCUUGCCUUAUUCUCCAGAUCAGACCAUUUCCCCUUACAAACAAAUCCGGAAAACCCCCAAGAGAAACAACAUACGUACCACCACCGUUCCCCGUCCUGAAAAUUUCUCACCUGCAAAUCUAGUCAUGAAUCUCCAAGGUGGAGUCUUUUUGAGAUCUCCGUCGCUUUCUCGUUCUUUCUCGAAUGCACAACCACAGCCACCUCUCCUUCCACUCCCCAUCAACAACAAACCUUGUUCACCAAACAGAGGCCUUUCGUGCCCUUCGACUAACAGGAAGAGCAACAGGAACAGAGACCAAGAUCUGACACUAAAGAAACCGAAGUCUUCUUCAGGAAGUCCUCCUCCAAAGAAGCAGAAUUCAAGGUCGGUACCGACGGAAUGUUUAGUGAUCACGUCAACCGAACGAUUGGGACCAGAGCCCAGUGAUCUUCCGGAGGAAAUCAUGAGGGUUAUGAAACCAUCAGUGGCUUCUGAGAACGACAAUAACAAGAAGAAGAAUGAAGAUGAGAAGUUUUCAGGAUCAGUUUUCUAUCUGUCUCCUCCUCCCAGUAGCUUGCCUUUACCCAAGUUCUCCCUUAGGCCUAAGCUCAGCUGCAAUGCCGAAGCCGAAGGGAUUGAUGCUGGGGCGACUGACAAUCUCCGGCGACUUUUGCGAUUGCAGUGAAACAGUCCAGUUGAGUUAGUUUAGGUUGUUCUUUAAUUUACGUGAUGGAUGAUGAUGAUAGGGGCUUUCGUGUAAAUAAAUCGAAAGUGAAGGUUGCAAGGAUAAAAUGUGUAACCUUGUUUUUUAGAAGAGGUGCACAGAUGCAAGUUAGGGUUUGUGGUCUUUUGCCAGGAGUUGUUGCAGUUUGUUGUUGAAUACAGAAGUUGUGUAAUAAAAAUGCUUAAAUUUUUAAA